AUAGACAAAUGAAGAAAUAAAAAAAAAUUGUGAGAACAAAAACUACGAAUGAAAAGUGAUUUCGGUGAGAAAAAUUGAAGCCUUUUCAUGUGAUUUUGUGAAUUUGUGUUUGUGCAAAAUUCAUUGUAGACUGUGUUUGUAUAGUAUUUUUGGAGAAAAGUUCCCAAAAAAACGUACCGCUUGGUAGUAAUAUGAGUAAUGUUACCAACCAAAAUGGAACAGGUCUAGAGCAGCAGUUUGCUGGUCUGGACUUGCAGCCCCAGGCUCCUAAGAGUGCUGGCCGCUACAUUCCCCCGCAUCAGCGUAGGCAGUUGCAGGCCAACAACUCCCAAGGAGAGGAGUCUAAGCGUUCAAGCUUAGACGCUCGUCCUAACGAUACACGGGACAACCGUUCAACAUUCGGAAGCAACUCUAGAGGGCUCGACCGUGGUGGUCGGCGCGACGAUCGCGACCGGGACCGCGACCGUGACAACGAUCGCGGCUACGAUUCGCGAUACCCGCGCAGAGACCGCGGUCGUGAUGCUGGGUACCAAAAUGGAGAUUCAGACCGCUGGGCCGAGCCCGGAUGGACAGACCGUAAGGGGUCUUCGGGCGGCCGAGAGAGGGAGCGCGAGCCCCCGCGACGUGAAGAAGACGCACUGGAGCCCCCGCCGCCGCGCAACGACCGCUGGAAGGAGCCGGAGCCACGCGCCGAGGAGCGCAACUCUCGGUGGGCAUCGGACGAUGUUCGCCGCACCAGCUCUCGCCGCGACGAGAACGACUGGACAAUCCCGCUAUCUCGUGACGAGCGGCAGGAGUUGGAGCUGUUUGGCACUGGCAAUACGGGAAUUAACUUCUCCAAAUAUGAGGAUAUACCGGUUGAGGCCAGCGGAGACCGUGUGCCAGACUUCAUUACAACCUUCGAGGAUGUUAACUUGACGGAAAUAAUGCGUUCGAACAUAGCUCUCGCGCGUUAUGACAAGCCGACUCCAGUGCAGAAGUACGCGAUUCCGAUAGUGCUCGGCCACCGCGACGUGAUGGCCUGCGCGCAAACCGGCUCCGGGAAGACGGCCGCCUUCCUCGUGCCCAUACUCAACCAGAUCUACGAGGCGGGGCCUGUGAAACAUGUGGGACCGUAUCAGAGGCGUAAGCAAUACCCGCUGGGUUUAGUGCUGGCGCCGACGCGCGAGCUGGCCACUCAGAUUUACGACGAGGCGCGCAAGUUCGCCUACCGCUCGCGAGUGCGCCCCUGUGUCGUGUACGGCGGGUCCCCGAUACACGAGCAGAUCCGCGAACUGGAGCGCGGCUGCCACCUGCUAGUGGCGACUCCCGGCCGCCUGGUGGACAUGCUGGCGCGCGGCCGCGUGGCGCUGGACCACUGCCGCCACCUGGUGCUCGACGAGGCCGACAGGAUGCUGGACAUGGGUUUCGAGCCUCAGAUCCGCAAGAUAGUGGAGAGCCACACGAUGCCGAAGACCGGGGACCGGCAGACACUCAUGUUCUCCGCGACGUUCCCCAAACAGAUACAAGUGCUUGCACAGGACUUCUUGCACAACUACGUUUUCCUCGCCGUGGGACGCGUUGGAUCCACGUCUGAGAAUAUUACUCAGAAGGUAGUGUGGGUGGAAGAGAGUGACAAGCGUUCCUUCCUGCUUGACUUGCUGAACGCGUCGAACUUGAUGCAAACUGCGCGUCCUGAGGAGGACCAACUCAUUCUUGUGUUCGUAGAAACUAAAAAAGGUGCGGACCAACUGGAGGAGUACCUGGACAUGCAGGGCUACCCGGUGACGUCCAUACACGGCGACCGCACGCAGCGCGAGCGCGAGGAGGCGCUGCGCCGCUUCCGCUCCGGCACCACGCCCAUCCUCGUCGCCACCGCCGUGGCCGCCAGAGGCCUGGACAUACCGCACGUGCGUCACGUGAUCAACUUCGACCUGCCCUCCGACGUUGAGGAGUACGUGCAUCGGAUUGGACGUACCGGCCGUAUGGGCAAUCUUGGGGUCGCCACUUCGUUCUUCAACGACACUAAUCGCGGCCUGGCGCGGGACCUCGUGGAAUUGCUGGUUGAAGCUAAACAAGAUGUUCCCAAUUGGCUGACGAGCACGGCCGCGGACGGUCGUCUCGGCGGCGGCGGUCGCCGCGCCGGCUCGCGCUCCGGCGGCGGCGCGAGGUUCGGAGGAGGAAGCGCCUUCGGAGCCCGCGACUUCCGUACUCAGCCCCGGCAGGCGCCGCGCUCUGCUGGACCUGGCUCUAUGGGAUCGGGCUACAGCAGCUACGGCGGCGGCGGCGGCUCGUACGGCGGCAACUACGGCGGCUCGUACGGCGGCGGCCAGAGCAGCGGCGGCCCCGACUGGUGGGACUCGUAAGCGCGCUCCUCGCACCACUCCUCUCCACCAACCACCGCACGCUAACACCACUGGACGCCGGCCCUGUCACAGCAUACCCAAACUGCCAGCAAACCAUCCGUACGACCGAUUGUUUCAAGCGUAUUUUGCUAUACUAUUCCCGAAUAAAGCUAUCAAACAACUGCCUGUUAAAUAUAAGCCGUUUUCAUAAUUUUGUAACGAUCACGAUUAGAAGGCAGGACGAUCGCUCAUAUGAGUUGCCCGCAAACAAUUGAAUGUCUUUGCGUUUUGAGCACUGAUCUUUAGUAGCUCCCUGUGAGAAUGGGCUAAUCUGGUUAUAAAUUUUAUCUUGACGUUAGUGUGUUUGUUUUGUAAAUCCUUUAUUGUACAUAAAUGAAAUGACACGUACAUGACAUAGAGGCGUAUUUUAAAAUGAUAUAUGUGCAUAUUUAUCCUGGAAUUUAUUUCUUUAGUUAGACGACCCCUGAACUAAUUUACUAAUAUAGUAUGUGUUAAAUUAUUAUUUUGCCUAGGACAGUCGAAAGCUUGAUUGCGUAUAUUGCGCGAUAAAAUGAGGCUAGUGUAUCCCUUGAUAGCGACCACUGGUCUAAGCCUUAAUGAACAGAGAGAAGCUUCAAAAAAUUGCUGUGCCCCACCAGCAAUUGGCGACGGCGAUACUUCCUAUCAGGUAUAAGUUGUUGCCUCUUUAUUUGGCCCAUUCAAUGAAUGGUAGCGAUGUUCCGCGCGAACGUUAGUCUUAAGUAGCCAUAGCAUACGUUAGGUGACUCGUCGAAUCGCGGCGCAAUCGGCGAAGGGUCCUAGUUUAAUUUUUAAUUCGCGAACUGAUAUAAUCGGACUGAAAUUGCCCCGUGAUUAUUUAAUAUGAUAAUGUUAAUUGAUGGAGAGCGGUGCGACUGAGAGAUGCGUGGAGCGGGCUCGGCGUUGAAUCUCACGCGCGCGCCGGUCCCGCAGUUAAGGUUCUUACGUUUGCAUAGUUCACCACGGGCAUGCUUAACAAAUGUCUGUGCAUAUACGCGAGGCAGCUCGCGACCAUUAGUGGAGUUAACGUUAGAGUAAAUUAUGAUUAUGACAAAACACCCGUUUCGUUCGCGUCACGAGCAGUGACUCGCACCAGUUUUAUCAUUUUAGUAACGAUUAUUUGAGGUAGUCGAUUAAUAUAGUAAUAUUUUUGAUGUUCGAUCUGUAUCGUGAUAACAUAAAUGAACGAUGUAUAAUGUAUUUUCGAUUUUCUAUUUUCUGGUCUCAUUGCUGACUCGCUCCUGACACUGGAAUUUUGAAGCAUUUAUGCACUCAAUGAUGUAGCUAUUGAUGAAGUAGAUUUAGAAAUUGAAAAGUACCGAUACAGUAUCAUAGUAAUAAAUAAUUACUAAAUUCUAUCUGUAGAAAUCCAAUAUUAUAACAUCUGUCAUCGACGUGGUCUAUAAUUUGAAUGUGAAUUACCAAUAAAAAAAAUUCAAGAAACAAAA